UCACGAAGCGAAGAAGGAAAACCCGGAAAUGGAAGACAGAGCAGUCUUUCUUCUCCACAUUGAAAUCUGGUCCCCAAGGUCCAACUUUCCGUGAGCUCGGGAGUCGACCGACGGGGAUUCAAAAGUGGUUUAGAGCUGGAUCCGGGCUUCUGAGUUUCAGCGACACGGGAGAAAAGAACUUUCAUUACGUUUGCUCCACUCAUGAGCAGUGGAGCAGAAGCCUUCAGAUGAAGUUCCCAGAAUUCCCCCGCCCCUCUUCUCGUUGUUUGCGUGCAGCCGUUUGAGCGUGUCGUGGCGAAACGUCAAGCGCGUGCGUCAUGGAUGGCAAGAAGCUUGCGGCCAACCGGCGGCACAUCGCGGCCGGCCUGCUGACCAACCUGCUGUCGUCCAUCUGCAUCGUGUUCGUCAACAAGUGGAUCUACGUGCGCUACGGCUUCCCCAACAUGACCCUCACCCUGGUGCACUUUGCGGUCACCUGGCUGGGCUUGUUUGUGUGCCAGAAGAUGGACGUUUUCUCCCCCAAGAGCCUGCCGCUGCGCAAGAUGGUGUGGCUGGCGCUGAGCUUCUGCGGCUUCGUGGCCUUCACCAACCUGUCGCUGCAGAACAACUCCAUCGGCACGUACCAGCUGGCCAAGGCCAUGACCACGCCCGUCAUCAUCCUCAUCCAGACGGCCUACUACAAGAAGAGCUUCUCCAACAAGAUUAAGCUCACGCUGAUCCCGAUAACCAUCGGUGUGACGUUGAACUCGUACUACGACGUGCGCUUCAACAUGCUGGGGACCGUUUUUGCCACCUUGGGUGUUCUGGUGACAUCACUCUACCAAGUGUGGGUCGGAACGAAACAGCACGAGCUCCAAGUCAACUCCAUGCAGCUUCUGUACUACCAGGCUCCGCUGUCGUCGGGCUUCCUGACGGCCGUCAUUCCCUUCUUUGAGCCGCUCACGGGCGACGGAGGAAUAUUUGGACCGUGGUCCCUUCCCGCUCUGAUGACCGUGUUUUUCUCCGGGGCGGUGGCAUUCCUGGUCAACCUGUCCAUCUACUGGAUCAUCGGAAACACGUCGGCCGUUACCUACAACAUGUUUGGCCAUUUUAAAUUCUGCAUCACCCUGAUAGGAGGCUACGUGCUCUUCCAAGACCCUCUGUCACUCAACCAGGCUUUGGGGAUCCUUUGCACUCUGGUGGGAAUCUUGUCGUACACGCACAUCAAGCUGGCCGAACAAGAGGAGGGAAAAAGUCGCCUGGCUCAGAGGCCAUGACGGGCGGGGGAUACGAUAAGGGAUGUUUUUUAAUACAAAUCUUUAUUUUAUGAUGUCCUUUUGAAAGUAAAGACUCCGAUCCCGA